UUAUCACAUAAUCUUGCAUUAUCAAAACCUGACCUUAACAUAUAUCUAAUUGAACAUGAAAUCACUUUGGAUAUAUACGCAUCUCACCAAAUAGAAAUACAGAAAACUCUUAGCAAAAUGCCCCAUAAACGCACAUUCUCUUUAAAUGCAUAUUUUUGGAAAAUGGUCCCUAAGAGGGGGGUCAAAAAUUACGAAAACGUGCAGAAAAAAUUGAAAACAUUAAACUCCACUGACGAGCUUUUUCCAAUUACAAAGGAAGACUUUCAGAAUUAUGUUAAUCUAAAAGUUAAUAGCGGAAGAAUUAAUUCUCGGACAUUGCGUCAAUACGUAGGGGAAAUAAAAUCUCAUCAUAUGGCUAAGGGAGGUUUUUGGGACCAAGAAUUUGAUAGUAUCAUUGAAGAAGGAGAAAAAAGUAUCCUCUUAAAAGACGUUAUACAAGAGAGUCAAAAUGCAACGGAUGAACCUGGGAACGUCCAUCUUGACACAAGCAUCACGUCUUUACCCCGCAGAAUGCAGGAGGGACAAACGGAACAAGCUUAUCUUCAACCUUACCAAUCCAUUGACUGUGCUUCCGACGUUGUUACCUCACUACAAACUGACAAUAUUUCACAUGAAACUUUUCAAAACUCUACUAUUCUUGUAUCAAAUAUUGUAUCAGAUAGACAACCUUAUCCUCUGAUUUCUGUUGAUAAUGCCUCGACUGUUGCCACUUCUCAAUUUACUCCUACGUUAAAUCAAAUUUCUCCACCGAACAUUGAUCAGUUUGUUCACCCUCAUGACGAUACUGGCGCUGGUGCCUCUUCACCUGGGCAAUCGGUUUCGGUUUCUGAUACAAAUUUGAUUCAUAAUAUUUUAAAUUCUUUACUACCAGGACAAUAUCAACAAUAUUCUUCACUCCUUCAGCAUUUACAAUCUGAUCAAUUUCAGCAAAAUAAUGCUCUCCUUCAAUCGGGUCAAUUUCAGCAAAAUAAUGCUCUCCUUCAAUCAGCCACUGAUACGAGUAAUCAAAUCUAUAGACUGGAAAAAGAGCUAGGCGAUAAGCGUCGAGAAUUAUGUGAAUUACUUCUUAAAGUGCUGAGCAACCAGG